AUAAACGGGAACAUAUCAUGCAUGUUGUGUGUAAAAAUAUUCGAACUGGUUUUCUGAAGUUUGGAUCCAAAUGCACUAGCGAUGGAUAAGCAGCAGAAGUAUGAUCGUCAGUUACGAUUGUGGGGUGACCAUGGUCAGAGAUCAUUAGAAAACGCUAAGGUCUGCCUCAUCAAUGUUACAGCCACUGGAACUGAAAUGCUGAAAAACAUGGUUUUACCAGGUAUUGGAUCAUUCACAAUCAUCGAUAGUAAGUGUGUAACCGGAGAAGAUGCUGGAAAUAAUUUUUUCUUGCACUCUGACAGAAUUGGAGAUUCAAGGGCUAAGGUUGCCACUGAAUUACUUUUGGAACUUAAUCCUGAUGUAUCUGGAGAAUAUAUGGAUGAAACGAUUGACCAAUUGUUGGAGAAUAAUCCUAAGUUAUUCUCUCAUUUUACUGUUGUCAUUGUUUCUGGUCUGAUUCCAGAAGAUACUUUGAAGAAACUUUCUUUGCUCCUUUGGGGGAAAAAUAUACCGCUUGUGUUGUGCAAAUCAUAUGGAUUUAUAGGAUAUUCAAGACUAAUUGUUCAGGAACAUUGUGUUGUUGAAUCUCAUCCAGAUAACACUCAUGAGGAUCUUCGACUGGAUAAUCCAUUUCCUGGUCUCAAGAAUUAUUGUGAUUCACUUGACCUUGAUGUUAUGACAUACAAGGAACAUUCUCAUGUUCCAUAUGUUGUACUUUUGUAUAAAUACCUUGAGAAAUGGAAAAAAGACAAAGGAGAAAUGCCAACAAAUUGGAAAGAAAAAACUGCGUUUAAAAAACUACUUCUAUCUGGAGUUCGAAUGAAAGAAUCAGAGAGUGGAAUAAUAGAGGAGGAAGAAGAAAACUUUUUAGAAGCAGCAAAGCACGCAAAUGCAUCACUUGUUGCAAGUAGAAUUCCAUCAGCUGUACAGAAAUUAUUGAAUGACGAAGAAUGUCUCAACUUAAAAGAAAGUAGCAAAAAUUUUUGGAUUCUUGUCAGAGGACUGAAGAUGUUUUUUGAAAAUGAGGGAAAUGGUAUGCUUCCAUUAAGAGGCACUCUCCCGGAUAUGACAUCAGAUUCAGAAAGAUAUAUCAAGUUGCAGUCAGUGUACAAGGAGCAAGCAGAAUUAGAUACAAAUGCAGUGACUGAACAUGUAUCCGAAAUUUGUGCAAGCUUGAAUUCUAGAAAUGGAAGAAUAUCUGAGAAAGAAAUUAGAAGAUUCUGUAAAAAUUCACAUUUCUUACGUACAAUCAGGUGCAGAUCUUUGGAAAAAGAAUUUCAAUCGCCUUCAAAGUCAUUUGUGGAAUCAUUAAUAGCUGAUCCUGAUUCUAAUGCAGUUUGGUAUGUGAUGUUUCGAUCCGUUGAACGAUUCCAAGCAAGACAUGGUAGAUACCCUGGAACAAAUGAACUUCAACUUGAGACCGAUAUUGGAAAAUUAAAGAUUUGUAUGAAAGAAUUACUCGAAGAAUGGGGAGUCCCAGGUUCAUCGGAACUUGUGAAGGACGAUUACAUCCAUGAAAUGACAAGAUGUGGAGCAGCUGAAUUACAUGCUGUUGCAUCAUUUAUGGGUGGAAUUGUUGCUCAUGAAGUUAUAAAACUGAUUACAGCUCAAUAUGUCCCCUUUGAUGAUACAUUUGUGUAUAAUGGAAUUAAUUGUACAACAUCAUCUUUUAAGAUCUGAUUUUGUAAACAUGUGCAUGCAUUGACCUUAUCUCGACUCAUAUACCAUUUACAAGUAUGGAAAUAAGACUGAGAAGUCAUUGCUAUUGGAAUUGUUCUUUCGCUUAAAUAAUUGUGUUCAUAUUCCUGUCAAAAACAUGCCAUAUUCUACAGAUAAUAUCUAAUCGAAUCAUACAAGAUAUAUCAGUUGUAGUGCAUGUUAUGUACCAAGAAAUUGUGCUAUUUUAUAUAUUACAGUUGAAAUCAUUAAG